AUGUCCGGGGCUCCUGACGAUGGGCAGUACGUGCCCGCCAUGAAGCUGAUGUGGGAUGAGGUGGACAGACGUUUUGACCCCAAGUAUGUCCUUGGAGAAGCCGGCCACCAGUUUUGCCAAAGCUAUUCUGUCAGAGCUGCGCAUCCUGAAUUUCCUUACGCUUUGCAUUGUCUUUCUUUGAUGUGUGCUUUGGCGAAUGGCGCGCGGGUCGCCAUCUUUGCCACAGCACCGUCGCCUCUGACUUUGGUAGCGGUCAAUGUCAACUAUGCCCAGACCAGAAAGUCUUCCAUGACUGGACACGCAGAAGCUUUGGGGCAAGAGUUGGACACAGUCAUCUUGGAGAAUGCGAUGUCCAAGCUGCAGCAGGAAAGCUUUGAGGAGGGAGCGGCUCAAGUCCUGAGGUAUUUGAAGCCAAGAAUCGCUUCUGCGACUGUUGCCAGCGCCACACCGGAAGAAUGGUUUCACCGUUGCUCUGCUGACUGGAACCAAGUCCGCAACGCAGACAAGCUGCCAGGAGAUUGGUCUGGGCGUUGCUGGUACGGCUUGCUAGGCAACUUUGAUGAAGCCUACGACUUCUUGCUGAGCCUUGGCCUUUUGUCCGACUCAAAUGCAACAACGAGAGAGAAAUCAAAAAGCAAAGUCAACCCGUACCAGAGCGCGUUCAACAAGCUCUUGCAAUUUGGGUCUAGUGCUCGUGCCACCAAGACGGCAGGGAGCUACGGUGAGAACCCUGGUAAAACCAUAAGCUUGGGCAUCACUUGCAACAUGCACCCGGCCUUCUACAUCCCAAUGGAGCAGGGCGAGCUUGGAAGCCACGCAGCCUCCACCAAGGAAAGGUUCCUCAUCUCCACUGGCCGCCCUGUUCAACCACAUGAGGACAUCCCCGCAGACUUUUGCUUGCCGGAAGGAGUCUCGCCAUACAGGUGGGUCCCCCUCACUCCUGAGAUUGCAGACCUCAUUGGGGUUGCUAAAGAAGCAACAUCGCCAGACGCAGCUGCCCAAGAAUGGGCAGAAGCUGGGCUUGAAGACGAAGCCGCGGCCCAACUCACCCAAAAUGCUGCCGGUGAGUAUGUGCCGUCGGAAGACGGCUACCUUGUCAGGCUCUUAGAUGACAAGCUGACCCGCAUCCGCUUCAGGCGAUCAGAGGCAGCCCCAAACGGCUUUGAAGCAGAGUGGAGGGUAGCGAACCGAAACUUUGCAAUCCCGGAGGUAUGCCGUUUGAGAAAUUGCGUUGCUAGGGUGGCCACCUAUUUCGCAGCGCCACACCAAGUUAUCACUUUGACUUCGGAGGCUGAGUCAUGGCAUCUGUCUUACCAGGGAGCAAUGAAUGUCCAAAGCCACGUGGUUCGUGAUACUGGAGACAUCCAAGCUGGGGCUCGCUUCGGGGCGGCGCCUUGGCAAGUAGGGGUUUUAGCUGCUUUGCUCCUGGUCUUCGAAAUCUUUGUCGGCGCCCACUCCCCUGCAGCGCUGGAGGGGCGAGCUUUGCAGGUUACACCCGGGCACUUGCAGCGGGCGUACGCCUUCCUUCAAUUGGUGCAGCGUCUGAAGCACAUUGCCCUUGGAGAUGCAGCAGCCAGCCCAGACCUACCGCCGCCGCAGGAAGACGUCCGUGCGGAUGAUUUGGGCGCCUUGCGCAUCCCCUAUGUGCCUGAAGACUUUGCUUCGACCCAAGCUGGCGCAGGUAUUCCAGAGGUGGGCGAUGACGAAGAAGGUGACGAGGCUGCAGAGGAGUCGCCGGAGGAACAUGUGCCAGAACUGCCAGCACCAGUGGGCAAUCCAGGACUGCCGGAGCCAGAACCUUGCGCAGCCGUGAAACCUUUGACCCUGCAGGAUGUUCGAGCCAGUGAUUUUGGGUUUGGAGACAAUGGUGUCACUGUCCAGCCUGACGGCUUGCAUAGCCGGAAUUUCACCGAUAGAACUGUUUUGAAGCAGACCCUUCUUGCUGGCAAACCGAAGAUCACUAGGAAAGAGGCUUGUGACAAGAUGCGCUCUGAACGAGGGCAAGGACGCAAAGCGCUUCCCAAAGAAAAAUGGGUUGCUGUCAUGAGGGCUGCAGCUUCCCAAUUUCCCGACUUGCUCCGCCUUGACGGAGAGAUUUUGUGUUUGAAAAUGAUUCCCGACACUGCAGCAGGCAAGGUCGCGUACCACAACGACCUCAUGAGAGCUUGCCGUCUAAGCCUGCGGGAGUUGAUUGCUGCUAUGGACAAAGCAGCUGAGAAGAAGGAAGAGCGCCGUGCAAAGCGAGCCAGGGUGGAUGACUGA